AUGACGCGCUAUUUCAACGUGGACGCGCGCUUCAAAAAUAUUCGAAUCAAUCGCGUCGGAAUAUUCGGCUCGACGCUUAUUUUGCAGCCAAUUUUCAAGGAUGUCAUUCAAUUCUGGUCGGUCGACUCAAUGUUCCCAUCAAAUUGGACGCAAUUGUGCGAAAUUCCGCUGAAAACCGUCAUCUACUCGGUGGCGUCUUGCGCGUACGACGAGCCCAUCAUUUACUGCUUCUGCUAUGGCACCGAGGAUCCCGAUGAUCGGCUGACGUGCUCGCUAUUCAAAUACAAUAUGGCCAGCAAUGAAUUGAAGCGGUUCGACGUGCGCGUCGAUGAGCAGCAAGAGCACACGGCGAUCGCGCUCGAGACACUAUCGCUGAGAUGCGACGCGAACAACGUGGUGCUGUUCGACAGAAGCAUUGUGAAGGGCGCGAUUCCCUAUUGGCGGAUUCGAUUCGUCGCCGACGACGCGUUCAACAUCGUCAAUGAGUACGUCAAAGAUUUGGACGACGAUCAGCCGAGCCACUGCAAACGCUAUCCGAUACCGUUCGACGCGGUGAAUCGCGUGUUCGGCCGAUUGAAGGACGAGCGAAGCAUGAUGGUGUUUCGAGACGGCGAAUGGAACGAGUACAUCAUUGAUGACGGCGAGAUGUUCAGAUUUCCGACGUCGAUGGAACGAGGCGUUCGCGAGACGUAUGGUCGCAACGGCCAUCGAGUUGGCGCUGUCGAAUCGCCGUUGACGUUCCAUUGCGACGCCAAUGUUUGUAUUGCGAGAAUUGUGAAGAAUGAUCGACAUUUCUUCUAUCGAAUCACACUUGACCACGAAACUCGAACGAUUCGCUGCUCGGAGCGCGGCAACACGAAAUUGCUCGAGCGCGUCGACAAAAUGUUCUACUCGCUUUGCACCGACAACAUUUUCGCGUUUGUCGGCAUUCAGAGCAUCGCGAUCGUUUCGCUUCAGCCGCCACGUCUUCGCGACGUCGCCGUCUGGCGCCUUCAGAAGCACUACGCCAACGACAAACAAUGCCUCGAAUCGGCUCUAACCGAAGCCGACAUCCACAAAUUGUGCUAUAAUCUCUUUCAAGUGCUGAAUUCGACGAAAUGA